CAAUGUAUUUAUUUCAAAGCAACCAUAUUAAGUUUCCUUACUCCGUCUCUAUUUAAGGAUCGUAGCCUUCCCAUCACCUCUCCAGAUCUUUCUCUCUAUACAAAGUUUCAGAAUUCAGAAUAAGCUGAGAAACAUCUUUACUUUCAAUCAAUAAAGGGGACUGAACUAAUUUGCUGCUCGGUAUACUCAUCAGUUCAUGAUGGAGUUGCUUACUUCGAUUGGCUGUUAUUUUUGGAGUCCUUCGAGAAUUUUUCGGUUAUGGAUAUUUCUGGUACUUGUGUUCCAAUAUAGUAAAGCAGUGCUCUCGGAUUUUGACUAUUUGAUUGGACUCGGAAGCUAUGACAUUACUGGACCAGCAGCCGAUGUUAACAUGAUGGGAUACGCUAAUGCAGAACAAAUUGCCUCAGGGAUUCACUUCAGGCUGCGAGCUCGCUCGUUUAUUGUGGCAGAGCCACAGGGGAAGAGAGUUGUAUUUGUUAAUCUCGAUGCUUGCAUGGCUUCACAAUUAGUGACAAUUAAAGUGCUCGAGAGAUUGAAAGCAAGAUAUGGGGACAUAUAUACUGAACAGAAUGUAGCUAUCAGUGGUAUUCAUACGCAUGCCGGUCCGGGAGGAUAUCUCCAAUAUGUGACAUAUCUUGUGACAUCCUUGGGAUUCGUUCGUCAGUCAUUCGAUGCCCUGGUAGAUGGUAUCGAAAAGAGUAUUAUACAAGCUCAUGAAAAUCUUCGACCCGGAUCUAUUUUUGUGAACAAGGGAGAACUACUAGAUGCUGGUGUAAACCGUAGCCCCAGUGCCUAUCUCAAUAACCCUGCAUCUGAACGAAGCAAAUAUAACUAUGAUGUUGAUAAAGAAAUGACCCUUCUGAAGUUUGUCGACGACCAGUGGGGUCCAGUGGGUAGUUUCAACUGGUUUGCAACUCACGGAACGUCAAUGAGUCGUACAAACUCACUGAUCAGUGGGGAUAACAAAGGUGCCGCAGCAAGAUUUAUGGAAGACUGGUUUGAGCAAAAUGCUACUAAAAGUUUAGACACUAAUGAAGUGGGCUCUGAUGGAUUACCUAGAAGAGUCUCAAACAUUAUCCCUAACACUCAUGAUAAUCACCAAGAGUUGCUGGAGAUUGCUGCGUCAUUCCGCUCUUCUCCUGGUAGGCCUGCAACCCGGAAUCUGAGUGUUGCUAAACGUGUCAGAGGCACUCUUAGACAGGCUGAUAAGCCCAGAUUUGUAUCUGCAUUUUGCCAAACAAAUUGCGGUGAUGUUAGCCCCAAUGUACUCGGAGCAUUUUGCACCGACACUGGUCUUCCUUGUGAUUUCAAUCACAGCACAUGUGGUGGAAAGAAUGAACUGUGCUACGGACAAGGACCUGGAUAUCCAGACGAGUUUGAAAGUACCCGUGUUAUUGGAGAGAGGCAAUUCAGAAAAGCUGUGGAUCUGUUUGAGAGAGCAUCUGAACAGUUAAAAGGAAAGGUUGACUAUCGCCACACUUACCUAGACUUUUCCCAGCUGGAGGUAAUGCUUGCGAAAGAGGGAGGAGGUUCCGAGGUGGUUAAAACUUGUCCCGCCGCUAUGGGAUUCGGCUUUGCUGCAGGAACAACUGAUGGACCUGGGGCAUUUGAUUUUAAGCAAGGAGAUGAUCAGGGAAACCCUUUUUGGAGGCUUGUUCGCAACUUACUUAAAACUCCGGAUAAGAAACAAGUUGAUUGUCAGCAUCCAAAGCCCAUUUUGCUAGAUACUGGUGAAAUGAAGCUACCCUAUGAUUGGGCGCCCUCAAUACUUCCAAUCCAGAUCCUUCGGAUAGGGCAGUUAGUAAUUCUCAGUGUACCAGGAGAAUUUACGACAAUGUCUGGGAGGCGCCUGCGGGAUGCCGUGAAGACAGUGCUUACAAGCAGUGGUAAUGGACAAUUAGGUAGUAACAUUCAUGUUGUUAUAGCAGGCUUGACUAAUACAUAUUCUCAGUAUGUUGCUACCUUGGAGGAGUACCAAGUGCAGAGAUACGAGGGUGCAUCUACACUGUAUGGUCCGCACACACUCAGUGCAUACAUUCAGGAGUUCCAGAAGCUUGCAAGCGCUCUCAUCAAAGGUCAACCAGUUGAAGUCGGUCCGCAACCUCCGGAUCUUCUAAAGAAGCAAAUAAGCUUACUUACUCCUGUUGUAAUGGACUCAACUCCUGCUGGUAUAAAUUUUGGGGAUGUCAUCUCUGAUGUUCCGGCUAACUCAACCUUCAAGACAGGCAGCAACGUGACUGUUGUCUUCUGGUCGGCUUGCCCCAGGAAUGAUCUCUUGACAGAAGGUACAUUUACCCUAGUUGAGAUGCUCCAAGCAAAGGAUACAUGGAUUCCGUUGUACGAUGACGAUGACUGGUGCCUUCGCUUUAAGUGGUCGAGACCUUCACAGCUAAGUCCUCAGAGUAGGGCAACAAUCGAAUGGACAAUCCCGUCAUCUGCCUCCCCGGGAGUAUACAGAAUAAGACAUUUUGGUGCUUCGAAAGGGCUUUCGGGAUCAGUUGGGCAUUUCACUGGUUCAUCAAGUGCUUUCGUAGUGGCAUGAGAAAAUAGAAGCAAAAAAGCUAUUUAUACAAUUAUGGUAUUGCAACAUGGAGGCAUCUUCAAAGACUAGUUAUUUCUAUGCUAUGUGUAAUGAAUUGCUUUUAGGUUAUAACUUCAAAGU